AUGACAAUGAUCAUCAUCAUCACUCUUUUAAGCAUUUUCUUCUCUGCUCUAUUACCAACUUGUUCUUCUUUGCAAAUUCAACUGCAACCUUCACUCCUGCAGCAUGAAGGAGCAGUCAAUGCACACAAGCAGCAGCUUUCUCUCCCAACGUUACCUAGAAAGCUAAAAUUCGCUGAGAAGGUUAAAGAAUAUGAUGAAGCCAGAGAUCUUGCAUCACACAAGCAGGAGGAUUCCCUUCCUGCAGCAACUUUUACAGGGAGGCAAUACCAUAGAAAGCAAAACAUGGUGCUUGGCAACAAGGGGACAAGACAAGAAUGGAUGGAGGGGGAUGACCAUUCAGAAUACUUUACUAUGGAUUAUACCAGCGUGAGAAGACGACGUCCCAUACACAACAAGCAAUUGCCGGUUGGUCCAUAA